AUGGGGCCGUCGUGGUGCUGGGACUUCGCCGAGCCAUCCGCGAUGCCGCCGCCGCCGACCGAGCCAUCCGCGACGCCACCGCACAGCUCGCUGGCAUGUGCGACCUGCGCAGAGCGUUGCGACGCCGCGGCCGCCCGAGCCAUCCGCGUCGCCGCCGCACAGUUCGCGCGGCAUGUGCGACCUGCACAGAGCGUUGCGACGCCGUCGCCGGCCGAGCCAUCCGCGACGCCGCCGCACAGCUCGCCGGAAUGGGCGACGAGGCGAGGGGCGCGGCGGCUGGCCGCCAUCGCGAGGAAGUGGCUGGAGGACCCCGCGUCGGGUACUCCGGCGAUCUCAACCCUGCCGCCAGCGAGCGAAGAGCUCAGCUCCAUGGUGAUGGCCGGCGCGCGCGUCUCCCUCGCCGAGCGCGGCCGCGUGGUCUGCUCGCUCCGCGUGCGCGCCGCGCUCACGGACGCGCAGGGGAGGUGGCACGCCGGGGCGAUUGCGGCGGCGGUGGACAACAUGUGCUCGGCGGUGGCGUUCACGGUGGAGGGCGCGCCCACGGCCACCGUCCAGUACAGCCUGUCCUUCUUCUCGCCGGCCCAUCCCGACGAGGAAGUCGAGAUGGAGGGGCGAGUGGUGAGCCGGAAGGGGAAGCUGACGUCUGCGGCGGUGGAGGUGCGCAAGAAAGAGUCCGGCGAGCUGGUUGCGAUCGGGAGGCAGUGGAUUACACGACUUGCACCUGCCUGGCCAGCCAAGAGCAACAAAAGCAGCAAGCUCUGAAUAUGUCUGAACAUGUCAAUUCACAAGCAGCAAUUCUUAUCUUGGUUAUCCGAUAGUAUUUCAGAACUCGGUGGCUAUCUGUUUUCAACGCAUUUUUCGAAAGAAGCUGCGCUCC